UAUGCGUAUGCGUUUUCGCUAAGGGUUGAUAUAUCGUUCUGCAUGCGCGCGCGUAUCCUCGGUGGAAGCCUCCGACCGACUGACUAAACUCUGUCGCAGUGAGAGUGCGGGGACCACCGCGGGUACUUGGGUCGAUCGAACACGUUCUGCACGCCUCCUCGGCGCCAACGUCAAAGCCACCCCCUAAGUGAAGCGCAACGCACCUACCACCACUACCACUACCUCCACCAUUACCACUAUACUAUCACUAACAUCACCACCACCACCACCACCACCACCACCAACGACAAAGUAGAACGAGGAUGAAACGAAAAAGGCGCAGCUCCUGCAACCGGAAACUAUACUUUCUGUGAUAUUUUCCUCUUUCAAGAAUUGUCAUAUGAAAAAUACUGGAUGGCUCAAGAAGAAUUUAAAGUCUGAUGACAUUGUAAAGAGAGAAAAAGAAAGGAAAGAAAGAAGAAAACAAAGGAUACUAUCUCGAGGCUGUAGUUAAAUUACUAGCGACAACAAAGAAAGAAAAGAAACAAUACUAAAAGUUGUUUUUGCAUUGUAGAAGCAAAAAAAAAGAAUAAUAGUAAGAGUAGGGGAGGGAGAAGGAUUGAAAGUUUGAUAUAAAGAAGGAAGAAAGAAGUGUUCAAGUAUAAGAGACUCGAAAAAGCGAGUCGUCGUCUAAUGUACUUUGUGAAAAAAUAAAAAAAGAAUCAUUUUACUUCGACCAAAAUUCCUUCGGGAGCAAAUUAGAGAAAGAGAGAGAGAGAGAGUAGAAAAAAAUAAAGAUGUUCCUCGAAGAGACAGCCAAGUACACAAAGUGUCCCACGCAAAAAACGAGCGUCGCGAAGAUGAGUGACAUGCUGUCAUUGAACGCAGCCGCAAGUCGCAUAACACAGCUGACAAGAGAGAAGGAGGAGAAACGUGCUCAAGAGCGCCGUAGAAAUCUUCUACAUCUCGUUGCUGCAUUUUUGGAAGAGCAAGGAUACAUUAAUUCGGUCGAUAUGAUCGUCAAAGAAGCCCAAUUGUCCCGCGAUGUCCAAAUUUGCGACAACGUCGAUCUGGAGAUUAUUUUGUUGGAAUAUUCGGAUUAUCAUUAUGCAAGAUUCAAUAAAUAUCCGAAGUUAUGUAAAAAACUCGAAUCAACUGGGAAAAUCAAUCACAACAUGGUAAAUAAAAGGGACAGAGGAGUUGGAAAGGGUCAUUUCAGAUUCGACGAUGAAAAUGGAACAUCAAAGAAUAAAAUUCCAUCGUCGAAGCCAACGACGAAUGGAGUUGCCAUCGAGGAAUCAAAUUUUGGCAUCACCGUAAUGCCUGUUUUUCCAUCGGAAAACACUCAUUCAAAAGCGAUUGGCUAUGACUUUAUUUCCGAUAAUGAAAGAACAUUAAAGCCUAUUGGAGAUUUAUAUCCGUCUGGCUCGGAAUGGAGAGAAAUCGCUGAAGUUAUUUCAAGAGAAAUUGUACUGAGAGAUUUAAACGUCCAUUGGAACGAUAUCAAGGGUUUAAAAAAAUGCAAAAUGUUAGUAAAAGAAGCGACCGUUUAUGCAAUCAAAUAUCCUGCAUUAUUCAAUGAAAAACUUGGUCCCUGGAAGGGUGUAUUAUUGUACGGUCCACCGGGUACAGGUAAAACUAUGCUUGCUAAAGCAGUUGCCACUGAAUGUCGAGCUACCUUCUUUAAUAUCACAUCAAGCUCUUUAAUUAGUAAAUGGAGAGGUGAUUCAGAAAAGUACGUUAGAGUCCUUACCGACCUUGCAAGAUUUUAUGCUCCAACAAUAAUAUUUAUCGAUGAAAUCGAUUGGACGGCUACAAAUAGUGGUGACGAUUAUUCUUCAAUAAAUUCUGAACCUGCUAAACGAUUUAGAGCAGAACUUCUUGCCAGAUUAGAUGGAUUACUUUCAACAGAGAAUGUUAAUGUUACUCUUUUAGCUGCUACGAAUGUACCGUGGAAUUUAGAUGCUGCUUUGUUAAGACGAUUGGAGAAACGUAUUUUUGUCGAUCUGCCAGAUUACGAAAGUCGCUUAGAAAUUUUACGAACAUAUGUUGAAAGUGAUCUACAUGUGACUGAGGAGUUCAAAUCGCUUUUAAAAGAUACAGAGGGUUAUUCAUGCGCUGACCUAAAAUUACUCUGCAAAGAAGCAUGGAUGAAUCAAUUGCGACCUAUUUUUAAAUCUCUUGAACACAAGAAGAUUGCACCGGAAGACGUACAAAGUAACGGUAUAAUAGUUAACAUUGCACAUCUCGUAAAUGCAAUGGCGUAUGUAAAACCCAUUGUAAAAUAUAUGAAACCACGAUAUAUACAAUGGAGUAAAAACUUCGGUUCUUCUACCUGAGAAAUUUAGCACACACGAUUAGAUGAUUGUCCCUCGCAUGUUUCAAACCAUGAUAGUAUCCUGUAGAAGCAACAUUUUUUAUACUUAAUUUUAUAAGACUUCUUAGAAUACAAUUUAGAAAUCACAGAACUGUACAUUUAAAAAUAAUAUUUAAUACCUGUAUGAAAUCCACUGAUGUACCAUGACAUUAACAUACUUGAAAGAGCAUCAGCAUCAUUUUCUGGAAGCCUAAACAUAAUAAUAAGUCAUAAAAUAGAUGUAAAUCUUAAUUUCAUGUACUUGUACUUACUUAGCCAUUAAUUGAGGUGGUAAAGGAGGGGCAGGAGGCAUCAUAUUUAAGAAAGAAUUAAACGAUGGGUCCGAAUUGAUAAAAUUUUGAGAUGCUUUUGCUUCAAAAUCAAAUUCCAUAUUUUCAUCAAUCACGCCAUUAACUUUCUUAUCACUAGAAUCAAAACAAUCUGUCUCACUCUGAUCCAUAUUUUCUUCAGUACAUUUUUCUGCUAGCGCAUCCUUUUGCUGGGCAAUUUGACUUUGUAAUCCUUCUGAUUCUAAAAGACUGCUCAAUUCUACCUUUUCUGUAUUGCCAUAACCUAAAAUUACAAGGAUAAUAAUAAGAAUAGAUAAUAGAAUAUCAUCUAUAUAAAAAAUAUCUCAUAAAUAAUUAAAUUAAAGUAUCAUAAUAAAUAUAUACUAAUUACCUACAAAUUUUACAAUACAUGUUCCACAAUUCUCAUAAAUUUUUGUUAUAAUAGCUUCAUAAACUUCACCAUCUUCUGAAUACACAGCGCGACACGGAGAUCCAAUGCACCAUUUCUAUAAAAAGAAAAAAAUAAAUAAUUUAAUUAUAACAUAAUAUUUAUCAUUUAAUAGUCAUUACAACCUUCUUCUGUUUACGAGAUUGUUUCUGUUGUUGUGGUUUUAAUUUAGAAACAGAACUUGAAACAUCAAUACCAAUUCGUUUAGCAACUUCUUCCUUAGCCAGAUUUAUAGCUUUAUCAUAUGCUUUUAUCAACGCCGUAUCAUCCCAAACAAAAUCAAUAUCGCUAUCAUCAUCUUCCUAUAAAAUUUGAAAAUAUCAUUAUAUAAAUAUACUAAUAUUGAUAAAAAAUUAAAAUAAUCAUAAUUAUAUUAAAUACUAAUAAUACAAGCUAUAUAUAAACAAAGCCAUGAUUAUCUAUAACGAAAGAAUCUGAUUAUGGAUAAAUUUUAUAAAAUGAU